AUUGGUUGCCAGGGUGUCCCGUGGUGCCGGCUGAUGGGAAGAAGGAGGAACGCUUCCGGAAGAUCAGCUCCCCGGCGCGGAUGAAGUUUUUCCAGCCGGAUCGGGAGACCAUGGCCAAGUUUAAUCAACGGUUGCGAACAAUCAGUGAUAACAGUAAUCUGGAAGAAAUGGAAGCCGAGAAACCCACGGAAGACGUAACCGCCAUGGACCGCCCGAACAGUGCCCAGAAAACUGACUCCUCCGAACCACUGCUCAGCCCGGAUAGCGCCGCCCGGUUGGCUUGAACCAGGAGAGAUAAGUCUUUUUGUUUUGUACUGUAGAUUGUUGGGAGUGUUAUUAACUAUAACUUUGUAAGCAAUAAUUUUGUACUGACCCUUUCUAUGAAAGAUCUGUGUUGCCGGCAGUAGUUCCUUGUAAUUUCUCAUCCCCAGUGACCUCAUAAGUUUACUUGUGUUAUUUUUGGAAUUAACCCCCUUUGUUUUGAUUUAUUUGUUAGAUAACAGAAAUUCAGAGUUAUCAGAUGAUGAAAACGAAAAGAUGCGAUUCAAAGUUGCGGUGUCAGUGUUUUGCGUCAGUAUGACCGAUUUCCAGUAAACAAAUUUUGGAACCAAGUGUAGUGUAAAGGGUUGACAAUCUCAAUAGAGAAACGGAAAACUGUAUUAGUAAGCCAAAAUCAAAAAUUCUGCGCGAUUUAAAAUGUUUUUUGUUGAUGUUGAAUAUCCAAGAAUUUCUUGAUGAAACAAUCUAUUUUUGGGAAUUUUUUCGUCCAUAAUGGUUAGCAUGCAGCAAAAUACGUAAAGCUUGCAUUUUUCAACGCUGCGAUUGUAAAACACGUGCGGUUUUUUCAGAUGAGGUAUUCACCAGAUAACAAAUUAACAGCUGCAGUUCAUAGCCGGGAGUAAAAAAGUCUGAUGGCUUUUAUUGUGUUAAAUGCCUCGGAGGCUUAUUCGCAGUUCUUCUCGGGAAACUGAGAAUCAUUUGACUUCCAUGUACUUGAAAUAAUUUUGUGCAUAUGAAGUGUCAAGGUAGAAUCAUGCUAAUGAACGCAGGAUGACGAUCUCGUAUCAGUUUGAUAUCCAUACCGCAUCCUUUGCGGGUUUCGCGCGGCUGCUUCUGCGAUGGAGGGGAAGUGUGUAUAAACUUGUCAUCAAGGAGACGGUGAUGUUUGGGACCUGCUACGCUAUCAUCAGUAUUAUAUAUCGAAAUGCUCUCAGCGAGCCACAGCGCAGGAAUUUCGAGAAUGUCGCGCGGCAUAUCGGUGAUAACAAGAAUCUCAUUCCGCUGACCUUUGUUUUGGGCUUCUACGUGCAGUUUGUGGUCAGCCGGUGGUGGGAGCAUUAUCUCAACAAUCCAUGGCCAGAUCGAAUAUUGAAUUUGGUGGUGAUGUACGUUCCGGGAUUCGAUGAGCGGAGCCGCAUGAUUCGUCGCACAAUGGCGCGCUGGUUGUGUCUCAGUGGGAUUUUGCUGAUUCGCGGUGUGAGUGUGGUGGCCAAGAAGCGCUUUCCCACCCUGGAUCAUCUGGUGGAAGUCGGGUUGAUGUCCAAGGAGGAGAAAGUCCUCUAUGAAAACGUCACGAUUCCGUAUGCUAAAUUCUGGGUGCCGAUGCUGUGGUUCACGGAGCUGCUGAAGGAUGCGAAACGGGAGAAAUUGCUGGACGAUCCCCAUGGUGUCCUCAUGAAACAUUUUCACGAGGAAAUUGCGAUGUUGCGUUCGAAUCAGUGGAGAAUCUGGAGUUAUGAUUGGGUCAGCGUUCCCUUGGUGUAUACACAGGCUAUAACGCUGGCGACGUAUACCUACUUUUUGGGUGCGUUAUUCUCCCGUCAGUUUCUGGAUCCGGGGCAGCAGUAUGAGAGCUUCUACGUGGAUUUGUAUAUCCCCAUCUUCGCUCUUCUACAGUUUUUCUUCUACAUUGGUUGGCUGAAAGUGGCGGAAUCGUUGAUUAAUCCAUGGGGCGAAGAUGACGACGAUUACGAAGUGAACUGGUUUAUUGACCGGCAUGUUCAAGUUUCUUUUCUCGUUGCCGAUGAAAAGUUUGGUGUGAUGCCGACAUUGGUGAAAGAUGCCAACUGGAAUAAGACCUAUGUCCAGUUGCCUUACACAUCCGCGGCGGAUCUGAAGCGGCGUAAAAGUGUCGACAAUAUCGGCUCGGCAUCCCAUGCUGUAAUUUCGGCUGCUGAGAAGGAGAUGGUACACUUUCCACCGCUUAGUGUCGACGCUAUAGCAUUGCCGAAAGGACUCCUGAAAUCCCUGAAUGUUCAACAGGAAACCAUUGUACCGUCGUCAAUGGAACAACGUCGCUCAUCUUUACCGUUUAUGCAUAUCCAUCAGCCGGAACCCGUCGUGCACGAGCUGGUUAUGCAGCGCAGCCACUCGAUGCUGGAGCGGAAACCCACCCACCAGCGCCUCCUGUCGGAAUGCUCCGAACCGGUGUAUCCGCCUAUCGCGGAGGAAGACCACGUGUCGCCGUGUGUGACCCCCGACAGCACGCUGACGGAGGAUGCCGGGUUGAAGCUGCGCUCGCUGUCCUUUCUGACCAGUAUCAGUGUGGACGAAAACCAGCGUACUGAAGUUGCAGCAACUGCGUGGGUGCUUGGAGAAUGUUCGUGUGAUGCUGAAUUUCGGGAGUGGAACGCAGAGGUGCACUUUUUACGCUUCCGUCUUUUUUACUACGAAUAAAUAAUGAAUAUUGUUGUACACCGUUUCAGAGUGCGGCUGUGUAUACUUCUGUGAUUAGUGUGUGAGUACCGAAUAAAACAUGUAAAAUCAGCGUAA